GAAGAAAGAAGAUAAAGAGAGAGAAUAAAAGAGAAAAGCAGGCGACCAGCCUACCCGGGGAGAGUCCUAGUCACACCAAGACUAGGGGGAGGGCUGUUUUAAUUGUGGGUUUGGCCGACUGACGACUGGAGUGCCCUCCGCGGCUGUCUUAGUUGUAGCCGGAGGUCAUGUAAAUCGACCUUAAAAGAAUGCAUAAGCCAUAAAUUAAAAUAAACCCUCACCCAAGGGCUGAUCCAUAAGUAGACAAUAUCCAACCUGGACAAAACGAACUUUCCUUUACAAGCCGACUUAAACCGCAUCCCCCCAAAGAAUAGAGACUAAAUGCAAAGUCACUUUCAUGAAUUCAAAGGCAAUUUACCAGUGAUUUCUGGGUGCUGGGGCUGAUUUUUUAUCCAUAUUUACAUUCUAUAUCUUCUGAUGAGGAAAGAAAAAUGCUUCAAGAAGAACUUUGUGACCCCUCAUCACUUUGUAUAAGAGCCCAGAAGAAUGUCUUCCAAGCAAGCCACCUCUCCAUUUGCCUGUGCAGCUGAUGGAGAGGAAACAAUGACCCAAGAUUUGACCUCAAGGGAAAAGGAAGAGGGCGGUGAUCAGCAUGUGGCCUCCCAUCUGCCUCUGCACCCCAUAAUGCACAACAAACCUCACUCUGAGGAGCUCCCAACACUUGUCAAUACUAUUCAACAGGAUGCUGACUGGGACAGCGUUCUGUCGUCUCAGCAAAGAAUGGAGUCAGAGAAUAAUAAGUUAUGUUCCCUGUAUUCCUUCCGAAAUACCUCUACCUCACCACAUAAGCCUGACGAAGGGAGUCGGGACCGCGAGAUAAUGACCAGUGUUACUUUUGGAACCCCAGAACGCCGCAAAGGGAGCCUUGCCGAUGUGGUGGACACACUGAAACAGAAGAAGCUUGAGGAAAUGACUCGGACAGAACAAGAGGAUUCCUCCUGCAUGGAAAAACUACUUUCAAAAGAUUGGAAGGAAAAAAUGGAAAGACUAAAUACCAGUGAACUUCUUGGAGAAAUUAAAGGUACACCUGAGAGCCUGGCAGAAAAAGAACGGCAGCUCUCUACUAUGAUUACCCAGCUGAUCAGUUUACGGGAGCAGCUCCUGGCAGCGCAUGAUGAGCAGAAGAAACUGGCAGCCUCACAAAUUGAGAAACAACGGCAGCAAAUGGACCUUGCUCGCCAACAGCAAGAACAGAUUGCAAGACAACAGCAGCAACUUCUGCAGCAGCAGCACAAAAUUAAUCUCCUGCAGCAACAGAUCCAGCAGGUUCAGGGUCACAUGCCUCCGCUCAUGAUCCCAAUUUUUCCACAUGACCAGCGGACCCUGGCAGCAGCCGCUGCCGCCCAGCAGGGCUUCCUCUUCCCCCCUGGAAUAACAUACAAACCAGGUGAUAACUACCCUGUACAGUUCAUUUCAUCAACAAUGGCAGCUGCUGCUACUUCUGGACUCAGCCCUUUACAGCUCCAGAAGGGUCAUGUCUCCCACCCACAAAUUAACCCAAGGCUAAAGGGCCUAAGUGACCGUUUUGGCAGGAAUUUGGACACCUUUGAACAUGGUGGUGGCCACUCUUACAACCACAAACAGAUUGAGCAGCUCUAUGCAGCUCAGCUGGCCAGCAUGCAGGUGUCACCUGGAACAAAGAUGCCAUCGGCUCCACAGCCACCAAACACAGCAGGGGCAGUCUCACCUACCGGGAUAAAAAAUGAAAAGAGAGGGACCAGCCCUGUAACUCAAGUUAAGGAUGAAGCAGCAGCACAGCCGCUAAAUCUCUCUUCCCGACCCAAGACAGCGGAGCCUGUGAAGUCCCCAACAUCUCCCACCCAGAGCCUCUUCCCAGCCAGCAAAACCAGCCCCGUUAAUCUGCCUAACAAAAGCAGCAUCCCCAGCCCCAUUGGAGGAAGCUUGGGAAGAGGAUCCUCUUUAGAUAUCCUGUCCAGUCUCAACUCCCCUGCCCUGUUUGGAGAUCAGGACACAGUGAUGAAAGCCAUUCAGGAGGCUCGGAAGAUGCGAGAGCAGAUCCAGCGGGAGCAACAGCAGCAACAGCCGCAUGGUGUUGAUGGGAAAUUGUCCUCCAUGAAUAAUAUGGGGCUGAACAACUGCAGGAAUGAAAAGGAAAGAACACGCUUUGAGAAUCUGGGGCCCCAGUUAACAGGAAAGUCGAGUGAAGAUGGGAAGCUGGGCCCAGGUGUCAUCGAUCUUACGCGGCCGGAAGAUGCAGAGGGAAGCAAAGCAAUGAAUGGCUCUGCAGCUAAACUACAGCAGUAUUAUUGUUGGCCAACAGGAGGCGCCACUGUGGCUGAAGCACGAGUCUACAGGGAUGCCCGCAGCAGGGCCAGCAGCGAGCCACACAUCAAGAGACCAAUGAAUGCUUUCAUGGUUUGGGCGAAGGAUGAGAGGAGGAAAAUCCUUCAGGCCUUCCCCGACAUGCAUAACUCCAACAUUAGCAAAAUCUUAGGGUCUCGCUGGAAAUCCAUGUCCAACCAAGAGAAGCAACCUUAUUAUGAAGAGCAGGCCCGGCUAAGCAAGAUCCACUUAGAGAAGUACCCGAACUAUAAAUACAAACCUCGACCGAAACGCACCUGCAUUGUUGAUGGCAAAAAGCUCCGAAUCGGGGAGUACAAGCAGCUGAUGAGGUCUCGGAGGCAGGAGAUGAGGCAGUUCUUUACCGUGGGGCAGCAGCCUCAGAUUCCAAUCACCACAGGAACAGGCGUUGUGUAUCCUGGUGCUAUCACUAUGGCAACAACCACACCGUCACCUCAGAUGACAUCUGACUGCUCCAGCACCUCGGCCAGCCCAGAGCCCAGCCUCCCUGUCAUCCAGAGCACUUAUGGUAUGAAGACAGACGGCGGGAGCCUCGCUGGAAAUGAAAUGAUUAAUGGAGAAGAUGAAAUGGAAAUGUAUGACGACUAUGAAGAUGAUCCCAAAUCAGACUAUAGCAGUGAAAAUGAAGCCCCUGAAGCUGUCAGUGCCAACUGAGGAGUGUUUGUUUGCUGAAUUAAAAUACUUUGACAUUUCACCUUCCCUCCCCCAACAAAAAGUUCUUAAAGAGCCCGCAUGCAUUUGUGGCUCCACAAUGACAUCAGCAGAAUGGUCUUAAUUGUUUCGUAAAGUGUGAGACAGAUUCAGUUUUCCCGGAUUUUUCAUGAACUUGAGUUUUUGUCGUUAUUGUUAUUGUUGUUGUUGUUGUUUUUUUAAUUUAGGUGAAGACAUAUUAAAUAUGAGACACCAGGACUUGAAAACUUAUCUCAACCCAUAGCUGUCUUACAAGUCUUAUAUUUUUGUCUUACUUUUUUUUUUUCCUUUUGGAUGUUGAUAAAGGUUUAAGUUACUGUUUUAGAUGGGGUUAAACAUUCUCACUCAGGUAUGCUGUGCCGGCCUACAGGUUGUGAAUGUGUUUUUAUUCUGAAUUAUUGGAGAGAACAACUGAGGAUUUCAUAUUGUGAAACAGUAAAAGUCCACAGCGUGUGCAGCUGCAUGUAGAGCAUAUUCAAAAGGCCUCGGAAUUCCAUUUUUCCACGUGUAGAGUUAAACUCUGAAUGUGCCAAACUUUUCUCAGAACUUUUGAAUCUUCAUAUUUUGGAAGUCUUAAAGGAGACACUGCGAAGUCUUAGACAAUCUUUGGCAUCUUAAAAUAAAUUAGCAAACCACACAUUUUUUUUUUUCCAGAAAAUGGUAAAGUACUCAGGAAUCUGGAGACAAGAUAUUGUAAGGAACGAACAAGGUUGCCACAGUGCACGUACCCAAUCGUGUUUGCCUCUUGACGUGCCAUCAGUGCGUGAUGCGCCGCGACGAGCGCGCCCCAGAGCAUUCACCACACCAGAUACCCACACGGUGGUCUUCUCUCCCUGAGACCACCUCUCACUACAUCCAUUAUCCCUUCGCCUUUUAACCCUGACAUUCAGUCUUAACACAUUUUCUCUUAAAUAAUUUAUUCAUUCCAGAAUGUCAAGGGUCCACUUACUAUUUAUUUGAAAAAAAAUGUUGGUGGCAUUAAUUUAAUAAUUCUUGUUUUUCACCCUCCUUCCCUGAAGAUCUUUUCAGCCCCUUUCACCUCCUUCUCCUGCUACAUACAAAAGGUGUACAUAGUGAUUUUAUGUCCCCAGAGCAUCUGGAAACAUUUCUGAAACAAUAUUCUGUUAAAUACUUAUAUUGUUUUCAAACAUAAGUGUCUAUCUGGCUGGAGGGCUGUGUAUUUGGAUACAGGUGUAGAGUCUUACACUUCAACAGGUCUGCCCCUGAGGUUCUCUGGGACCUCAAGUCUUUCGCCAGACUUCCCCUCUAAUACAGUCUAGCAACAGUGGUAGGAUCUGCAUCAGCGGCAUUUCCCCUAAAUGCCCUUCGGCAGCAAGGGGCAGCAGUGGUGACUGCCAGGCAGGAGGGUCCACAGCCAAGACGAAAGCCCAAGGUUGUGGGCCACAGAGGAGGCCACAGCGAUGCUGUCAUGGGCUGGCAUCUAUCUCCACACUGAGCUGCCUUAGCCCUUCUGGCGCGCCUAGGGAGUUUUAGUUUUUGUUUCUCUUGUUUUUGUUUUGUUUUGUUUUUGCAAAAUCCCCAGGAUGCAGGAAGCCACAUGACCGCCUCAAGGCAAAGAUAGAGGCGAAUAGUCAUGAUACAUCCAGAGAAUGAAAGAAAACCGUAGGGAAGGAGAAGGAUGGGAGAUACAUUCCCUGUAGGGGAUGUUCCUACUGUUAACUCUGGGGAACGGAUGACUCCUGGGGCAGCAGGUGAGCUCCUCUGGCUCCCUCCCUCCAUCGGUGGCCACAUGGGUUGGGGGGCAGGGCAUGCCUCCCUGUGAACACGAUUAACAGCACUGGACACAGGAGGAUUUCUCUGGAGAUGUGCUGAUGGGCAGGGAGGCAGUGAGGUUUCAUUCCCCUCUCCUACCACUGGAAGCUCAGCUAUGCCAUUUUGACCUUCCUGAAACCAGGACUGACUGCCUAUGGUGGGGGAGGGAGCCUCUCCGGGAGUGGUUCAAUGGGAAAAUGUCAGUUAAUGGGACAGUUCACCUCAUGGGACAACCCAGAAUCUGAUCACCAGGACAUAGGAACGGCCCCAUCAGAUUUCUUGAGCCAUUUUGUCACUUGGAAGAAAAUAGUGUACCUUCAUAUUUAUUUAAGGAGUGCUCAAGGCCACACCUAAUAGCAAUAAAUAGGUCUAGCCAAGAUGUUACUGGCUGUGUCAUUAGCUGCGAGUGCUCUCCAUAAGCUGAUUAAGGUACUGAUAGGAAUGUUUUGUUUGUAGUAUUGGUUGGGGAUUGGAACUUUGUUUUUGUACAUUUAUUUUAAAUGAGGAGGAGGCCAUUUUUUUCCUCAAAAAUGAAUAUUUAUUAUUGUCUUACUGAUUUUUUUUUUGAUUAUAUACCUCUCCUCCUCACUUCAUACUCGUGUUUUUUUUCUCUUUCUCUUUGACUCAGCUUUUGCUCUCUCCUCCUUUUUUUAUUUUGCCGCAUAGGUAGAGUGCUAUAUGGCUAGCAUUGUAUUGUAUGUAAUUAAUUUUGCACAAAGGCAAACAUUUAGAACAGUAGGUUAAUUUUGUUUGUUUUUAUGACCAUGCCAAAAUAAUAUUCUGGGCUGGUGGAGAACAAAGGACUGUUCUUUAGGACUGAAACUUGAUUUUGCUUAUAGUUAAAAAAAAAAAAAAAGAAAAGAAAAGAAAAAAAACAAAAAACACACACACUCACAGAUGUUGUUUCGUAAGUGUUAUAAGCACUGGAUAUAAAUGGUAUUUUUUAUCACUUCUGACUAAUGUGAAACUGUUGUACGAAAACGACAUGAACAAAAGUCAUCUGUUUCGACUCGUGUGGGCUUGCCUCACAGUUGCCGGAUUUGAGUCAUUUUUAUGUCUUGUUAUUUCAUUUAUUUAUGCAAAAUACAUGUGUGUAUGAACACUUUGUUUUAGCUCCAGCUCUGCCUCGGUACUGGGGUGCAGUUACUCCUAGCCAUGUUCUUAAAAGUGUAAGGCUAUUCAGGAAUGAUCUGAUUGUAAACGUCUCUUUCAUUGGGUCAAACAGUGAUGCUGUAUUUGAAUCUAAAUUCUGCGCGUAAGCAGUUUAUUUAUUAGCCAAGUGUGGCUCUAAAUAUCCACGGAAAUUAAGAAUGACAAUCAUAGGGAUCACCUCAUUUUCCUUUCAGUGGGGCUUAAACAAAGUUCUUAUGACUUUACCAUCUCAUUUUAGAUUUUUCUAAUUGUGUAAAUAUAACAUAGAAAUAGAAUUUAUUUUUGGUUCAUGAGUACUUAGUGAGAUAUAAGUUAUGUAUUUCCUUUUCGUUCUCUAUCCAUAUAUGUUGGUCCAGACUAGAAGUUGACAAGUCACUGUACCUCAUGGGAAUAGUGAAUUAGCAGCCGCAGUGAGAGAGCAGUGUUCCACCUGUCGCUGGGGCAGUCAAACCCUUCUCCCGGGUUCCCGUGCAGUUUGGAACCCACUGUCCACAGACUCAGAAUUUUACUUACUUGUUUAUUCUAGAAACUCGAAGAAUUGAGCAUCCUAAAUUUCCAGUACAGCUUGGGGGAGAGUCAAUUUGCUUUUGUUAGUCUGCCUAAAUCUUAUAACGGAGUUCUGUGACCAUUUAAUAGCAAGAAGCGUGAAUGCCAUUCUACAGGCAAGCAUCUGCCUCUGAGAUUGACCGUUAAUAAAAGUCCUGCCAUGCCAAUUAGAUUAAAGAGUGCUCAUCAACUGUUUCCUGGGCCUCCUAUUUCACAGUAUCUUCAAAUCAAAAACAGAUCAUCUCCAUAUUGCUAAAAAAAAAAUUUACAGGAUCAGGAUUUUUCCUUGUCACUUAGAAUAGGGACACUGGCCCACGAUCCUCUCCUAAAAAAUGGACCAUAUGGGGGAGGAAGGAAGGAAGGAAAGAAAAGAAGGAAGGGAAGAAAAGAAAGAAAGGAAGAAAAGAAGGAAGACGAAGGAAGGAAGGAGGGGAGGAAAGGAAAGAACAGGAGAAAGAAAAGGUCAGUCCGUGCACAGGAGCAGCCAGGCAGGCGGUCUCUCCAUCUCUUUGGCAGAGGCAAUGCAGCACCUUUUCCAGGAAGGUGGGAACAUCUGUCAUUCUCACGCGUAGACAGCCCGAUCUUUUAGGAGGACACCAGUUUGCUUCACUUGGUAUUUGAUACUCCCCAGCCUUGUCCUCCGGCCUGAUUCGAUAUGCCAGGGUCCUGACUCAGUCUCCCGGGCCAAGUUCUAAAUUCAGGUGUGGGCUCACAGCGCUGUCGAGCUUGUCAAAUUCUGGCCUCCCCUGAACAUUAGCCCCACUGGAGCCUGGGGUGUUUGAAAAGGGUGUGAUCGCUCUAGGGCUGAAAUUAAAGGCUUCUUUCUUUUCCUUACGAAGCUGGGCUGCUGCUUUGGCACACACCCUCCCGAGCCAGGAGCACAGGCACUAGCUGAAAGCCGGGAUUGUUCCGAGGAAGCUCAGCUACCCCCAGUAGGAAGGCAGCCUAGUCACUUGCACACCACAGGCAGAGGCUGCUUCUCUUAAUAUACUCAUUUUGCAAAGAGCUGACCUCUACCUACUCAUUAGGGAAAGGAAAAAAGAAUCACUUAGUAGUUUUAAACCAUAUGAGAAGUCCUGUACCAAGUGCCAACAACUACAAAGAAUGCAGCUAGAGGAAUGUAUUGAAAUUAUUCUUGGGUCUUCCUUUAUAAUGAGAAAAUGACAAGAAUGGUUGCUGUAGCCUUGCCUGAUUUUGUGCACGUUUUGUCUAAGGACUGAGUUGGCACUUAAGCUCGCUUCUCAACGUAUAAUAAUAUUGUAUGACCUCAUUUGUCCUCUUACAGAAGCACUUGCAUCAUUUCCGUAAGUCAUCUGCCCCCUGACAUGUUUUCUUCCUUAAAUAAACAACUUCUAUCUAUUAUUCCUGCCGAUUAUGUCCUGUUUCUGAUGCUAUGUACUGUUGAGCGUAACCCUCUGCUAGGAUCAUUGAAGAUAUUGAUAUGCAAACACAUUUCCUUCUCACCCUCACCCCAUCUUUCCUUCUGGGGACAGACUGCUUGCCAAAAGCUCACGAACAAGUAUUUGGAAUGCUGGUACCUUUGGGGCAGGGCUAGAGGGUGGGGGUGGGGGGGAAGGGGAGCAGAAAGGUAAUGUUUAGCGCAGAUACUCUUCCAGCUGGUGUCCGUGGCUAUAGGAACGCUUGACGGCAACUCGGUGACCUGUCUUGCUCAGUAGUUUCUUGUUCCUGAAGAACCACAAGCAUAAGGUGAGGCCUCAGUGCUGGUGCUCUUGGAGUAUGGGGAAUGUGCAAAUAUUUAACUGUUUUGUAUGCUGCACAUUGCAGAUCUGCUCAUGUGCAUUCUCCGUUUGUCUUCCUUUGUCAUACGUGUUUUUGCUUUUUUGAAAGUGCAGUCUUUAUGGUACCCUUCUCCGGCUUGUAGCAAAUUAGAAUGCUUAGCAUUUAUGUUCAUUCAUUUAUUGUAUUUGCCAUGUAAAAUUUUUAUUACCUUAGACAAGCUUAUAAGCUGUUACUACAUAACUUAUCUUACUGUAACUCUUUUAUUUCCCAACCUUGUAAUUUGUUUGUGAUGUAUAUUGUGAGAUUGUAUUCUAUGUUAAUUUAAUCAGCACAAUUCACUGACAUGCUGGACUGACAUGCUGGCUGCUGUUUCAAAGUGUAAAGUUCGUGUAGGCUGUUGGGACAACUGCAGCUUGUUGUCAAGGUACUGUGCUUUGGGUCCUCUAGCAACACUGUGGGUGUGGCCCCUUAGGAUGCUAAGGGCAUUCGCUAUACCCUCGAGCAAAUUUAACUGCAGAUUUUCUUUGUAGAAAUUCUAUGUAUAACGCAGGUACCUACUUGGCCCAUGGCUGGUAACUAUUUGGGCAAUUAGAAAAAAAAACACAAAAACCAUAAAAACUAGUGUCUAUUGCUGCUUUGAAUAUGUUUGAAAGUCUGAAAAUGUAAAUAAUUUAUCAAAAAAAAAAUCUUGUACAGUCCAGUGUAAAGUUUUUAAAUUACCUUAAGGGUUGCCAUCACAUGUCUCUUACACUCUCCUCUUGAUAAUGGAAAAAAAAAGUUUGCUAAGGAUUAAAGAAAUGGGAAAAGAAAAAAAAAGAAUCUCUUCAAAUUUAAAGGAAUGAAUCAUUGUUCUUAGCUUUGUUGCAUACACACAUUUCUUGGAUUUCGUUGUGCAGUAUUGACGUGAGAUAAACUCGACCUUGAAUAAUCUUUCAGUGGUACUUUUCAAAGUCUUCCCCUCCUCUGCCUCAUAAUUAAGGGAAAAGACAACAUUGAAAGACACACUGUCCUUAUCUAUCCUGGUGUAUGUUGGCACCUUAGCUACUUUUUUUUUUUUUUUCUUUUUGCACAAGGUGCUUUCCUGAUAUGUUAAACAUGCCAUCUUUGGGUGAUAAUGUAUAUGCCAUGAAGGGGCCUCGGCCCCUCAGGGGAGUGUCUAUAAGAACUGCCUAUUUAUGCUCAUUUACCUCAAGACUGUCCUCUCUACCCUUAAUCUAGUCGUCAUACUCCAUCUUUUGUACUGCUGUUGACACUUACAAAUUAAAGAUAAAUUUUGUUUUAUGA